UUAAAGGGGAUACACACUCAAUUGGGAAGAGUCAUAGCCCAGAAGUGACAUCUCUCAGAUAUAGAAAGAGAGUUAAGGUUUGUUGUAAAUCACAGGAUGAAGAUAUGGCAAAGGUGCAGUAGGCCAAAGAGAGACUGGGAUAAAGUACCAGGAGCAAACACAGGGAUGACCCAGCAUUAGAGUUCUGUAGUGGGGUACUCUGGUAUGAUCUAAAGUGUCUUUAAAGACUGUGAGCAGCUUUUUGUAGGGGUUCCACAGAUGAGCAGGAAAAGGGAAGGAAAUGCCAUCAAAGACUCAGUGUUUUGAUGGAGUGCCACAGAGUGCAAUACUGGGAAGCAGUUAGGUGUCCUCUGGACCUUGUCUCCUGACAGCAGGCAGGAACAAGACACCUCACUUCACUCUUGAGGCACUUUGUCCCCAUGUCAGAGAAUCCAAAACUCUUUCCACAGAUACCUUAACCUCAGGGGGGUAUGUUACUGCUCAGGUAGAGGGGAGGAGGGAAAAUGAAACCCACAGAGGCUUUGGAGAGCCACAGAUGGACCAUCUCCCCAUUGGUAAACAGGUUGAGAAUCCCUGUUUUAGAGUGUAUAAAUUAGAUACAUCUAUAUUGAGGCCAUACGGAACUCUUUGCUGCCACAGUGAGACUUGUGGCUGCUCACAUCAUAUUAACAGACAUCCCCACAGCAUACUCCAGUCGGCAGUACAGGCAAAAUCCUAAUGUAUAAAAUACAUGUUGUAUUUGAGUAGGGUGGAAAAAAAUGCCACUGUUCUCUCAAAAGAGUCCUGAAGUGUAAAAAGAAUAGUGUGUGUGACUUCUAAACUCUCAUGGUUACAGUUUGUGCAGGUCUUAGUUAAACACAGAGUUUUGCACCCUUGUAGAAAAGGUAAUUUAAUGUUUUCUCUUUCAGGCUCCUCCAUUGCCAUCCUCCUCAUCUUGACAUUUUUUCAUGGACAUUAAAUGAAAACUUUUCUGAUAUUCAGGAAGUGACCCAGUUCUGCACCACUGAUUUUUGUAGCUAUCCCGUAAGGCUGCUGGCUGAAAGCUGUGUCUAUGCAACCUUCCAAGUGCGGAGUGUCAACCAACUGGACAGGAGAGAGCACUGCCUCCUACUCCAGAACUCAAAACAAAUAAAGCUCAUCCAGCUGUACUUCAAAAAAAUAAUUCCAUGUUUUGUAUAUAUCUGACAAAACUGGCAACAUUAUACAGACUACUGACUUGAAGACCACCUCUUUUGUAUUUCUCUGUUUCUGGGCUGAUGAGUUGGUUUCAUCCAUUUUUCCCCCUUCAGAAUUUCCCUUGGAAAAAGUACUAGCUUAGCUGGUCAUUUCUUUGUAAGGUAGUUAGAAAUUUUAAGUCUUUCUUUGGGCAACUUUUUUUUUCUUUUUUUUUUUUUUUUAAUGUGAAGAGUUAGGUGAUAUAAAUUUUUUACUGCUUUUAUGUUUUUCUGUCUUGUUUUGAAACCAUGACGGUUACACUUUUGGUUCCUAAAUAAAAUUUAAAACAAUUAACAGCCAAGUCACAAAGAUAAAUGGGUUGCACAUAGACUAAGGAAUAAACUUCAGAUUUGUGAUUUUUGUUUCUAAUCUUGAUGUAAAUUUACACUAUUUAUAAAUACAUAUUUAUUGCUUGAAAAUAUUUGUGAAUGGAAUGCUGUUAUUUUUUCCAGAUUACCUGCCAUUGAAAUUUUAAGGAGUUCUGUAAUUUCAAACACUACUCCUAUUACAUUUUCUAUAUGUAAAUAAAACUG